GCACCCCGCUGGGCUGCUACAAGAAGCUGAUCGAGUACUACCGCAACGGGGACCUCUCCUUCCGAUACGUGAAAACUUUCAACAUGGACGAGUACGUGGGUCUCCCAAGGGAUCACCCAGAAAGUUAUCAUUCCUUCAUGUGGCAUAACUUCUUCAAACAUAUUGACAUCUCACCCGAAAAUACUCAUAUUUUGGAUGGAAACGCAGCUGACUUACAGGCUGAAUGUGAUGCAUUUGAGGAUAAAAUCAAAGCAGCUGGUGGAAUUGAACUCUUUGUUGGAGGUAUUGGCCCUGAUGGCCACAUCGCCUUCAAUGAGCCUGGAUCGAGUUUGGUGUCAAGAACGAGAGUGAAGACCUUGGCUAUGGACACGAUACUGGCUAAUGCCAGGUUCUUCGAUGGCGACCUCUCCAAAGUCCCCACCAUGGCUUUGACCGUCGGAGUAGGCACAGUCAUGGAUGCAAGAGAGGUGAUGAUUCUUAUCACAGGAGCACAUAAGGCCUUUGCAUUGUACAAAGCCAUUGAGGAAGGUGUCAACCACAUGUGGACAGUCUCCGCUUUCCAGCAGCACCCCAACACUGUGUUUGUGUGCGAUGAGGAUGCAACGCUGGAACUCAAAGUUAAGACAGUGAAAUACUUCAAAGGUUUAAUGAUGGUUCACAACAAGCUUGUGGAACCCUUGUACAGCAUGAAGGAAACAGGAGCAGAAAGAAGCCAAUCCAAGAAGCCUUACAGCGAUUAAUCUUGUGCUGUUCAUUAUGCUAAGCCACCUCUUCUGUGGAAAACCAGCUGUGAAGAAAGGUGUUUGCUGCAUAAACUCAUCUUACCUGUUCUUUAAUUGGGAAAGUGAUGAUAUUCUUGCUUCUUUCCAUUAAAAAGAGAUGCCAAACAUCUACC